AUGACCAGCACAUCCUCCCCAUCCACUAAGGUGAGUAUUAUCUUCAUCCUGCAAUAAAUCUUCACCCGGUUCAUUUCCCCAGGUCGUUUCCUGCGCUCCUGCCGUUGUGUUUCGCGGUUCCGCCAGUGAUUCAUACUUUCCCCUGUUACAUGUUGACGGUCUUUUUGUUUUCUUCUGAUAGGCCUUGAGCAAAAUUGCGUGCAAUCGGCUGCAGAAGGAGCUCGCGGAAUGGCAGGUCAACCCCCCUUUCGGCUUCAAGCACAAGAUCAGCGAUAAUCUCCAGAGGUUGUGUCAGGGAUUUCUUCCAUAGCCGUGUCGAUGUUUAUUUUCUCUCCUGGGUUCUUUCCUUUUCUCCUUUAUCCUGUAAUAUGUUUAAUAUUUUAGAGCGUGCGUUGAAUUUUGUUUUACAACGGGUACAGGUGGAUAAUCGAAGUGGCAGGAGCACCGGGGACUCUGUAUGUAAGCGAGACAUACCAGCUGCAAGUUGACUUCCCCGAGCAUUACCCAAUGGAAGCCCCCCAGGUGAACCAAAGGAUCAAAUUCUCUCUCCAUGUCCUUUACUAUGUGAAGAAUCAGAUUCGUUUAUUUAUUCUGAGUUAUCCACUUGUCGUUUUCCUUUCAUCGCCUUUUGCUUUUUCUUUCAAUUGGUCAGCACUUUCUGUGGCUAACGCUUAGUUGGAUCAGGUUAUUUUUCUCCAACCUGCUCCCCUACAUCCUCAUAUUUACAGCAAUGGGCAUAUAUGUUUAGGUGAGCAUUCUGUUCUCGUUUCCACCGAAGUAGCUCAGACUACGUUGUUUUCUCUUUUUAACAAAGUUUCUGGAAGUGUUAUGUUGCUUCAAGUCUGCUUAAUUUAUUUUUCUUCAUUUUGUUCUCUCAAAUAUUGCUUCAACUUUUUUUUCCUUGAGCUUUUAAGCAUCAUUUGUGUCUAUUGAAUGUUUGGAGUCUCAAUUUUUGAAUGUGCUGCAAAGUUCCAUAUACUUUGCUUGAUGUGCCACAAACAUGUUCUGAAGCUAUCCACGGCCAGACACACACAAGGCAACUUUGCAGUUGGGUGGCUUCUCAAACAAUGAUCCAUGUGAGCCAGGGUACUAUUUAGAUCUGAAGUAGGGAAAUUUACAUUUAGUUAGUUUAUAGGAAGAGGGUCGGUGUAUCUAGUUCUGCUGAAACAUUAGGUAUCUCUGCCUCCCAUUAAAGCCCAGCGAAUUCCUUUAUUUUACCACAUUUAGAGGUGAUAGAAACUUUUAGUAUUCUUUGUUGUGCUUUUUUCUGCUUGAAAUUACUUGUCUUGAUCGGAUUAUGGUAUAUAUGACUUCAUGACUAGCAACAUGACCAGAAAGGGUUGGGGGCUGAGCAUCGGCUAAGUGGUUUGUCUAAUAAAUUGGUAUCUAUUCAUAGACAUUUCUCUUGAAAUAUUUAGUGUUUAAAAUUUCGUUUACUAAAAAUGGAUGCACCCAGACAAAAGAAAUUUUCACCAUUUAUAAUGUGAAGCUCACCCAUGUGGCCUGGUUGUCAUUUUUCACUAAGACUUUGUGUUUGCAUAGUUUUUCUGUUUUCUUUUUUGGUGAUACUUGAAAUGGAUUUGACGUUUUGCUGUCAUCUUGCCGCCAAUAGGGUGCCUGAUUUGUUUAUUGAUUAUCCUGUAUAAAUGAUAUAUUUAUCUCUCAUUGGUGUCAUUCAUUCCGAUCUAACUGCAGUACGAUACAAUGAAUUGUCUCUCCCGUAUAAAUGAUAUAUUUAUAUCUCCUGCUGUGAAGAAGUAAUUGUCUUCCAUUUUUGGAUAAAAUCAAAUCGUUAGUGUGAUGUCCAUGUAUGUUCAUGGCAAUGGCAUAAGCAUGCGCACUUUUUAAAAUCAAGAUUUGGGCAAAAACCUGUACUGUCUCUUUAUGGCAAAAUGCGAUGUUUACCAUAACAUCUCGAACACACUUUUGUUAAAUUCUUUGUUAAAAUUGUUUUGAUGAUAACCUUUAACCUAAAUAUCUGUGCGGAGGAAACUCAGAACUGCCAGAAUGGUUUGUUUUCUCCUCUGCAGUUAGGAUUAGUAGCUUGAUUUAUAUUCCCUUCGAUUUGCAUCCAUGUAAACAUGAACUUGCUCUUUUCAUUCCGGUCAGAUUGUUGGAACAUGCUAUCACUGAAUAAUUCAUUUGUGUCAUUGAAUAACAUGCACUAUGGGCCACUGGAAGAGAAAUUUUCAGCUCGUUGGUGUCAGUGUUUUCAUAAUAAAAUUAGAUGAAGAUCAUAUCCAUUAACACAAUGGUUCUCACCUUUUUACAUAUCCCCUUGCUUGUUAUUCAUGGACGACCCAGAUGUAGGAAUGCCCCACGAAACAUUUCUUGACUACUAAAUUCAUCACGCAAAUUAGAGAAACUCUUGCCCUGCCUUGCUUUCCUUUAACUGGAUCUCUGCUCUCAGAAUUAAAAUCUCUGUUCUAGGUAUGCCGCCACCUGGUGACAAGUCUAAAUAUUGGUUUAAAAUUUGAAUUCCUCUGUCAUCGUUCUCCUAUUCUUUAUUAUUUGGAGUAUAUGAUGUGUUUUGGGAAGGUUUCUUUUUGAAAUUGUGGAGACUAGCAUGCAUGCCAAACAUUUUGGGAUCUCCAUCAUUUUUUACUGUGGGCUGCUGUGCAGACAAGUCAGGCAAAAAUCAAGUACCAUGUCUUUCUGUCUAAUGACUGUGGGUUCUAUCUUCAAAUGAUUUGCUUUUCGCAUUAACCAAAAAAUAUUGGCAGGAAAAAAAAUAAAUUCAUAUGAUUCAAAAAAUCACAUUUUCCAACAGUUUCCUUUUAAUGCUUUGCAACCACCUCGUUACUGGCUUUUCUUAGUGAUUUUUCACGGGGAUUUACAUUAUUAUAUGGGUAGUCUCUCGUUUCUUUUUCUACACUGAAAUGUCCAUGCUGGCCUAUGUGAUGGUUCGAUACUAUUUCUUAUAUCAAAAACAGCAGACAUUUAUUAGAUAACUUUUAACAUAGAUUACCGUGCUCUAUCUUCGGACUUGUAACUUAUUUUGCACGAAGAGUUGGUUUUUCUUUGGUUUAACUAUCUGAUAAUAAUGAAAUGAUGGUAUCUAUUAUUUAUGGUUGAUGAAUGAUUUUUGGUUGCAAGUUCUUCCAAACUGGCUCAGAUCAUGCUUCUAUUCUGGGUUUUGGACCACAAAUUAACUGUUUCUAUUUAAGAGGUAGUACUGCUUUUGCUAUCUCAUGAAAGAGAUAUCUGUCGAAGAAAAUCUCUGUAAUCCAAGAAAAUGGACCAAAAAAAUGUAAAUUUAAGUACCUUGUGACGCCUAAAAAUACAUUAAUAUUCACCAAGCCUUUGAAAACUUUGAAGUGAUUUCAACAUUAGACAAAAAUGAAAUUGAUGAAAACACUUAGUUACUGAGUUUACUUUGAUCAUAUGGUCCCAUCUCAUAUGGAUGAGCUUAGUGUGUUGCCAUGAAGAUGGAGGAUCAUUUGAAGUGCAGUUCAUGAGGAUGGGAGUAGUUUUAGUUCCAGUCUGGUGUUUCCAACAGGAUUGUUCAGUCAGACGUAUCAGCUUUCCUUCCUUACUGUUUAUUAUUUGGUCAGUUCCAAGCCCAGAACCGACCAGUCUGCACUGGGACCUGCAAUUUUCUAUCCAUUUCUAUGAGGAACUGACCGUUUGGGAAAAUUGAGUGGGCAUAAAGUUAAUUCCCAAGUGAAAGAAGAAAAAUGGUCGAAAGCAUCAAAGGCAUCAAGGCCAUAUUGCCAACCAGGGUGCCCUAAUUAAAGGAAGACGUGUUAUAAAAAUUUCUUCUUUUAUUUUUGAAAAUGGUCUCAGCAGUUCAGUGCCCUCUUUUCACACUGAGGGAGCGUCUGGAAAGGCAUAGAUGCUCCAUAGGGAACUCCUUACUGAAGAGGAUUAUUCGACAAUUUCUUAGAUUAACUACCUAAGAUUUCAGAGAAAUACAUCAGCAUGCCUUGCAUACUACAUCUAACAGAAAGUGUUUCCCCUGGAUUGUUCUGUCCUUUUUAAAGAGUAAAAAAUGACCGUUGAAUAUAUUUUCUGAUAUUUUGGGGCAUUCCACAUUUAGAACAAGAGGAAAUCUACCACAUAAAAAUAUCCAUGCACCGUAGAAGAAAGACAUCAAGUGGUAGAUAAUUUCUUUGAAGGAAUUUAGUAGUCAGCUAAGGUUUUUGCUCCUGCAAUGGACCAUCCUUACAAGCCUGCCGAAAUGCUACACUGAACUGAGUUAAAACUAACGAAUCCGUGUAGAAUAUUAUCCGUGGUGUCAAUAUUUCAUUAAGUUUCUUUGGCCAGAACAAUAUCGCUUUUUAUUUCCUUAUAGUUUAUUUUAUUUGACACAAUGUGUUGGUUUCCCAUUUUUCAUAGCUGAAAUGUCACUUAAUGUUUCAUUUUGAGUUUCCCCAGAAGGUUUUCAUUUGAUUGAGUUUGGCAGAUAUACUCUAUGAUUCCUGGUCUCCGGCCAUGACUGUAAGCUCUGUGUGCAUCAGCAUUCUCUCAAUGCUGUCGAGCUCUACUGUGAAGGUUCGGAAACCCAUAUUGAGCAUACCGAGACAUCUCACAUUUGAAUGGAAUCUGACGAUGCCCAUCCAUUUUCAUGCAGCAACGGCCCCCUGACAAUGACCGCUAUGUGAGGAACUGCCAGAAUGGGAGGUCUCCCAAGGAGACGAGAUGGUGGUUCCAUGAUGACAAAGUGUAA